CAAAAUCCUACGUUCUUAACCAACGCUAGUCCUUGGACGACAAAUGGCAUCUGGGCAGUCAACCUUGCAGGGGAAUCUCCUCCUGAGUAUAAGUAUGUGGCACUUGAUAACUGUCCAUCAGCCCCUCCAUUUGACUAUCAGCUUAGUGACGCCGUUAUAAGUGUACUCUCUGAAGCUUGGCCAAAUCCCUAUCCGAAUAUGACUACAGCCAUGGAAAUUUGGAGACAUGAAUAUGAGAUACACGGUUCAUGUACCAUAGAUAUAUUGCCAACUUCCACUAGUUAUUUACUGCAAGCACUUUACUUGUGGGAGAAACUAAAGUUUCACGAUUUGAUGGGUGAGAAUGGCACUUAUAAGCCAAAUAUUCAAUAUCAAACCGAGGACGUGCUGAACGGCAUCAAAUGUGUCUAUUAUGUCCAACCAAUAUUGAUAUGUUCUGUCAGUGAACUAGUGGAUGUUAGGUUUUGUUAUACAGGACAUUGGGUACUGAUAAAUUGCAUGGGCACCCAAUCAACAUCAACUUGUACGGGUCUUAUUCAAUAUAGUCGGAGCUAGGUAGGAUAGAGUGCUCCCACUCCCACCUCUAAGACCUGUAUGUUUUUUUUUUUGGUUUAAUAAACUAAAAUAAAAUAAAAACCCAAGUAUUGUGCAAUUCUGAUUUAAAAUUUUCUGAAGUUGAGAAAAAACGCAUAUAAAUAAAUGUUGAAGAGCCUCAUGUUCAACUCACCAAUCGUCUCCUUGCUUCUAGAAUCUAGAGCCCAAAAAGAAUUUGUUACUUAUUGAUGCGUAACCCUCGCAAAUUGGACUUUUGAGAGGAAAGGAAAGAGACCAAAGAGCAGAGACAGUGAGACAGAUGGAACAUGACUCUUUGGGUGUCCGAGAUGGUCUCACCGGUUGGGUCUCCUCUUGCUUGACUGUCGCUGACGAGCUCGCCACCUCCCUCAGAACCGGAGAUAUCGGCCCUUUCAAUGUCGGCCGAUCACUCCCUUCCUUAUGUACUCAAUAUGUGCUCUACUUUCCGGUGUCGUUUCUUUUGUUGAAAAUGUCAAAUUUUUUUGGGGAUCUUACAGUUUUGCAGUUUUCUAAGGUUGAAUUGCUCCCAACAGGCUUGGAGAUCGGGUUUCUUUCACAGAAGGGAAAUUGAUUCCCUUCUUCAAAACAACUGAAAUCUAAGGAAAUGCUUGAAUAUUUUAACAUAGCUGUUUAUUCUCACUGAAUUCAGAAGAAGAGGCAGAGAAUGGAAAGAAGCACAAUCUGAUACAGUGCUUGACAGUCAAUCUAUAAGUGGCAGAGGGGCUCAAAUGCCUGUGGGUCGAGAUGUUCAGUCUUUUCGAGCUUUUGUGGCAACCUGGAAUGUAGGAGGGAAAUCUCCCCAUAGUGGCCUUAAUCUGGACGAUACUUCAGGUUAAUAAUCCAUCAAACAUAUCUGUCUUGGGCUGAUUUCGAUAAGAUUGGACAAGGUGGUUUUGGGGUUGUUUACUAUGCCAAGCUGACAAGCGAGGUCUGUUUCCUUUACUAUUUUUUGUUUUACUUGCUGAGUUUUUCCCUUAUCGUUGUGAAAAUGUAGCCGAUGUAAUAUGGUGCUUAUGCAAUGUAAUGUUUUUACUGGAUGAUACUAAAAUGGUGACAGUUUCUGGUGAUCAAA